UUCUUUUAGUUGAUUUUUUCCAUCCCAAGACUUCCUCUUCAGAUCGUUGAGAAAUCCUAAGACUCGUAUGCUGUAAUCAGAAAAUGAUCGGGGCUGGGAAGAUAAAGCAAUACUCAAACAUCCUUGAGAAGCCCCUCAACAAGGGAAAACAAGAGGUUAGCUUGAGUGCAUUUGCAUUCUUGUUUUCUGAGCUUGUUCAGUACAAUCAAACACAGGUUGACAACAUUGCUGAAUUAGAAAGAAGGCUGGAGGAUGCAGGGUAUGCAGUUGGGGCUCGAGUUCUUGAACUUUUAUGCCAUAGGGAUAAGGGAAACAGAAGGGAGACGCGAUUGUUGGGUAUUUUAUCUUUUGUGCACAGCACUGUUUGGAAGGUGUUAUUUGGAAAGGUGGCUGAUUCACUUGAAAAGGGCACUGAACAUGAAGAUGAAUACAUGAUCAGUGAAAAGGACCUCCUUGUCAACAAGUUUAUUUCAGUUCCAAAAGACAUGGGGACAUUUAAUUGUGGGGCAUUUGUUGCUGGAAUAGUGAGGGGUGUUUUGGAUGGGGCAGGAUUUCCAGCAGUAGUAACAGCACAUUUUGUACCCAUGGAGGGGCUGCAAAGACCUCGGACAACUAUUUUGAUAAAGUUUGCUGAAGAGGUUUUGCAAAGAGAAGCGAGGUUAGGUUGAUUCUCGUGCCUGGGGCUAUCUCAAAUCACGUCUGCGACACUAGGAUGUGAAGAGUGAAGUUCAGCUGCUUCCUUAAUCUAACGAGGAUUAGCCGCUGGUGAUGGUUUGUGUAUUAAUUUUGAACGGCACAGUGAUUGCAAAAGAUUCCUGCAAGCAAUGUACAAGUAAAAUGUCAUCAUUAGCAUAUGGAUUAUUACGGAUGAGA